CCGUCUUCAAAUAAAUGUCUGUGCCCUAUUGAUUCUUUUUUUAAUGUAAACACCAGUAACCACCGCAACCGAUCGGGUUAACACUGCUAUGCACGGGCUUUGGGAAUUAUACCAAAAUGGAAACGAAUAAUCUUCAGAUCUUCCCCUUCUUCAAACAGAAGGAAACCGUCGGUGUUGAUCAGAAGCUGUUUGUCGAUAGAAAAUGGCCGGUACUGUUAAGCUCAAUCACCACCAGCCUCACAAGAUCGAACAGCUAUGGUCUGAGCUGCUUAUUGCAGGCGCCAUUGGUGCUGCUAAGGGAGCCAUGUUGGGUAUCACCAGUGCACUUCUGUUGAGAAUCAUCUCACCAACGUAUCGUACAGCUAGAUCGCAGGUUAAGGUGUUCUACCACGUGAGUUGGAUCGCUGGUGGUGCAGUCUGGUGGGCUGAGCAACAACUUCUUGAUUUCGAAAAUAGAACGAUGCUUGAAGAUGAGGCUAGACGGGCCAAGCUGUUAGACGAGGCAGCUGAAAGAGGCAUAUACCUUGAAGACAAUGGUCCACAUUGAUGAGUACGCACUUCCUUUUUUAACGAACCACUUGAUCAUUCAUGACAAUGUAUAAAACUUUAC